AUGAUGUUGGAAGGCUAUGCACUCGAGAUUGCUCUAACGACCGCCAAUUCAGCGGCUCAGGCGUGGUAUGGCUACGAUCAGGGCAUCAUCGCUGGCAUUCUCGUCAGUGAUCGCUUUCUGAAUCGCUUCCCGCAAGUCAAAAAGCCGGUCCUGGAAGGCACUUUCACAUCCAUAUUCUCCCUGGGCAACCUCGUGGGAUGCAUCGUCGCCGCUUUGUUUGGUGAUACGCUCGGUCGGAAAAACACUCUUCGCAUUGGAGCCGGAAUCAGUGCCGUCGGCGCAAUCCUCCAAUUCUCUUCGACUUCCUUCGGCCAGCUCAUGUUCGGGAGGACGGUCAAUGGCAUAGGCAAUGGCAUGACCUCUUCCACCUGCGGCGUCUACCAAGCUGAGAGCAGCCGUGGCUCGCGCCGAGGGAAGCUGUCCGUCAUUGUCGUCACGCAUAAUGUCAUUUUCUACAUGCUGGGCAGCUGGCUCACCCUGGCCACUUCCUACCUCCACAACGACGGCCAAUGGAGGAUCCCGUUUGCUCUGCAACUCUUCCCCGCCGUCGUCCUCGUCUCGUUCCUAUUCCUCCUACCGGAGUCACCUCGCUGGCUGUUGCUUCGAGAUCGCCACGAAGAGGCCAUCGAAUCUUUGCGGCGCUAUCUGGGCAAAGGCCUUUCCGCCGACGAUGAUGUGGUUCAGAACGAAUACAAGUCCAUCAGAGGAGCACUGGAGAUCGAAAGAAGCUCGAAGAUCAGCUUCAAAGAAGUCAUCUUGUGUCGAGAUCGUUCCAAUCACCUCGCUCGUAUGCUUCUUGGCAUGGGAACGCAAUUCAUGCAGCAGAUGGGCGGCAUCAAUGCGCUCAACUACUACUUCUCCAUCAUCCUCGAACAGAAUCUCGGCCUGAGCGAGCUCAUGGCCCGCGUCUUGACGGGUGUCAAUGCCACCUCAUACUGCAUCUCUACCGCCCUGGCAUUCUGGAUCAUCGAGCGCGCCGGCCGAAGAUUCUUAAUGCUCUGGGGCCUCGCUCUGCAAGGCUUUGCCUACAUCAUGGUCGCAAUCGCCGUGGGCGUGUUGUCUUCCGCGCCGGAACAAUGGGGUGCCGUCGCCAUCACGUUCCUCUUCUUCUACUACGCCGCCUUCGGAUGUACCUGGGGCAUGGUCCCAUGGAUCUACCAGGCCGAAGUCAACUCGCUCGCCAUGAGAGUCAAAGGCGCAGCCGCCGCCACUUCCAUGAACUGGCUCUUCGGAUUCGUAUGCACUCAGUUCACCUCCGUCGGGAUCCGCAAUCUCGGCUACAAAUUCUACGUCAUGUUCGCAGUCUUCAACGUCGCCUUCCUCCCCGUGGUAUAUUUCCUCUAUCCGGAAACGGCAAACCGCACGCUCGAGGAUCUGGACGCUUAUUUCGAUCGAGACUCGCCGCAUCGCAUUCCGAUCCCCAUUGAUUCCAAAUGGUCUCAACAAGAUACGUAG